AUGGAGGAGGACUAUUUGCAAGAUCUUCUGAAAAAGGAAAAAGAAUUAAGGCAAGCCGAAGAAGUAAAUGCUCAAGAAUCCCAAAAAGUCAUCUGCGAAAUUGUUGAGCGUGUCCGCCAGACUGGAAACUGGGAAGCUGUAGCUGAGUGAAUCCAAGCUUUAGCUAAGCGCCGAAGACAGCCCAAGCAAGCUAUUACAGGAAUGAUUCAGCAAGCUAUCGGUUAUCUCGAUUCGUUGCCUAAAGGUCAUCCUUUAUUAUUAGUGCUUCGAAAGGUAUCUGAAGGAAAAAUUUAUUUAGAAGUAGAAUUUGCCCGGCUAACAAAAGUAUUAGCAGAACUCAAAGAACAAGAAGGCAACUUAGAAGAAUCCUCAAGUCUCCUACAAGAAGUCCAAGUUGAAACUUACGGGUCUAUGGAUAAAAACGAAAAACUCAAUUUUUUGCUUCAGCAAUUAAGACUUUUAUUAGCGCUCAAUGACUAUAUAAGAUUUUUUAUUAUUUCCAAAAAAGUCAAUAGAAAAGUAUUAGACGAGCCAGGUAUGGAAGCCGCGAAAGUUCAGUUUUUACAGUUCAUGAUUCAAUAUUAUGACCACCAAAAGAGUUAUAUGGAGUCUGCAUUAGCCUAUCAGACGCUUUAUGAAGUCCAAGGGCAAGGAUUUGAUGCGGCUCAUGCAUUGCAACAGAUGGUACUAAAUUUAUUAUUAGUUCCUUAUAGUGCAGAGCAAAUUGAUUUAUUGAGGAGAGUUGAAGAUAAAGAAGAAUUAGAAGCGAACUUAAGACAUGUGAUAAAAAUUUUACUUGGAAAAGAAAUAGGAAAAGUCCCAGGCGAAAUCCAAGCAUUGCUGACUCCAGAGAAGUGGAAUUUGUUGAGGAGAAGAAUAAAUCAGCACAAUAUCAGGAUUGUUCAAAGCUAUUAUUCAAAAAUUACUUUAAAUAGACUUGCUGAGCUUUUGGAGUAUACAGUUGAUGAAACUGAGGCUGAAAUAAGGGAUAUGGUAAGCUAUAUGGGAUUUUCCGCAAAAAUAAACAGACCAGAAAAGUAUAUUUACUUCUCAAAACCUUCAGAACCACAAAAUCAGUUAAAUGAGUGGGGAAGUGACAUUUUUGGUCUACUCAACCGUUUAGAAGAAAUUACCCAUUUAAUCCACAGAGAGCACAUUGUUGCCUCAUAA